GCGCUUUGUCUUUUAUUAUAGACAUGUUGGCUUCUAUGCAGAGAUAAUAAUAAAUGGUUGGUGUUAGUGAUAAUAAUAUUGUCGCAUUGCAAAAUUGUAGGACCACCUUUUUAUCAUUUAAGACCUACUCUAUCUUCAUCUUUCACACAUUUCAUUUACAAGCAACUAAUAAUAAGGCUCUAAUGGCCGACCCAGAAACUGGAGAAGUCUCAAGCUCUGCUGCCCAACGUAGAGGCAACUGGAUCCCUUUCAUUAUAGGGACUUUGACAUGCUUGACAUUAGCUGGUACAGGAUGGGUGUCCAACUUGACAGUGUAUUUGAUUCAGGAAUUUAAUGUGGAAACCAUAGAUGCAGCUCUGAUUUCCAAUGUUGUUUAUGGUGCUUUCAGUUUAUUUCCUAUAGUUGGAGCUAUAGUUGCCGACUCUUUCUUGGGUUCAUUCUCCGUUGUCGCCAUAUCUUCUUGUGUUUCUUUUCUGGGCAUAGUGCUUUUGGCCUUAACUGCAACACUUGACUCCUUGAGGCCUAAACCUUGCAGGGCAGAAGACUCAAGUUUGUGCCAAACUCCAUCAAAGCUCCAAUACACAGUACUAUAUGGAGCUUUUGCUCUGGGAUCUUUAGGGUUAGGAGGGACAAGAUUUACAAUAGCAACAAUGGGAGCAAACCAAUUUGACAAACAAGAAGAUCAGACCAGUUUUUUCAAUUGGUAUUUUUUCACCUUAUAUUUUUCUUCUCUAAUAAGUGCCACUGCCAUUGUCUAUAUAGAAGAUAAUGUUAGUUGGUCUUUGGGGUUCUGGCUUUGUGCUGCUGCUAAUUUCAUUGGUAUAGUCAGUUUUCUUCUGGGAAAUCGUCUUUAUAGACUUGAUAAACCUCAUGGAAGCCCAUUUACUAGCUUAGCUCGUGUAGUUAUUGCAGCUAUACGAAAGAGGAAGGCCUUAUUGUCUUCUACAAGUGAUGACUAUUAUUUUGAGCAAGAUUUGAAAGGAACUCAGGUUUCUGCUUCAAUAACAGAGAGUUUCAGCAGGUUUUUCAACCGAGCUGCUUUAAAAGUUGAAGGAGAAACAAAUCCUGAUGGGUCAAUUGCAAAAUCCUGGAAACUGUGCACAGUACAACAAGUAGAAGAUUUGAAGACUCUGAUAAGGAUUUUCCCAAUAUGGUCAACAGCACUAUUUGUAUGCACUCCAAUAGCAAUGCAAAGCAGCUUAACUGUGCUUCAAGCUCUAACAAUGGAUCGUCGACUUGGACACCACUUCAAAAUCCCAGCUGGCUCUAUUUCAAUCGUCGUAGGACUAAUUAGUUGCUCCAUUUUUCUCACCAUAAAUGAUCGGUUUCUCUUUCGAAUGUGGCAAAAGCUAACUCGAAAACCGCUAACUCUAUUCCAAAGAAUAGGAAUAGGGCAUGUGCUUAAUGUGCUAGGCAUGGCUGUAUCAGCUUUGGUGGAGUCAAGGAGACUUAGAGUAGCUCAUGCUCAAUACUCAGAUAGUGACAAAGAAAACUCUAGGAUAGUGCCUAUGCUCGUCUUAUGGCUAUUUCCCCAACUAAUUCUAGUUGGUGUUGGAGAAGCAUUUCACUUUCCCGGACAAGUCUCAUUUUAUUACCAGGAAUUUCCUGAUUCGCUGCGUAGUACAGCAACUGCUAUGCUUUCUUUGAUAACUGGGAUUUCUUUUUAUGCGGGCACAGCUUUAAUUGAUCUGAUUAGAAGGGUUACAGACUGGUUACCUGAUAAUAUUGAUCAUGGAAGACUAGAUAAUGUGUAUUGGGUGCUAACGGUAGUAGGGAUACUUAACUUCUGUUAUUAUCUUUGCUGUGCUAAGUUCUAUAAGUUUGAGAAUGUCCAAAAGGCCAUAGAAUCAGAAUUAGGAUGCAAUAAAUCAUCAUCAGGUUAGGUUUGUGACGGUAGUCUAUGAUUCGUUGACCAUGUAUAAAGAGAUCAACUCCUCUUGUACAUCUAAUACUAUAGAUGAUAUGGAAAAUUAUAAGGUGGUCUCCUGUUGAUAAUUGAGAAAGAAAAUAGAGUAUAAAAAAACGAUAAGAGAAUUGAUCAAGUAAGGUUAAGACUGAUCGAUUAUAUAUAGGGAAUUGGCUCCCUAGUGCAAAUAUCAUGAGAAAACGGGUCAUAUGCGAAGACAGCUCGCUACGGGUUUCGGUAAAUCCACAUAUCAAUCUCCAUUUGUUUGAUUAUGUAAAGUGCUCUCGUACAUCGGUGCUGUUAUUAUGUAAUGUGCUUAACUAACUCAUUGUUUAUUUUAUCAUUUUAGAAAUCAUCCUGUGUGAAUGCUUAAAUUA